ACUUGCUCCAGUUUCCCCCGACGUCCUUUUCAGCCAAACAAAAGACAUAUUCAACAAACGGACUCUACGACGUUCAUCUAUAUCCUACCAUCGACAUCAAACAUGGACUCCAAGAACGGAAGCGACGCUUCCAGCGACACACUCGCCGAGACACCGACCUCGACGCUGCAACGUGAGGCCCCGGCCAAGCCUGAACGGAUCGACAGCAAAGAUGCAUCCUUCAAAGCGCCAAACACCACCAUCGGGGACGCAGCGCCCAUCGUCCCCUCCGUAAAGGACGGCGACGCAUUAGAACAGGACCCUGAAAUCGCAAAUGUAAAGAUCGAGGACGUGCCAGCGCUGCAGUCCGCAGAUCACGUCAAUGUCCCGCUAUCGAGGGCAAAGUUCGUUGCCGUGUUCAUCGCACUGAUCAUGGCCCUUUUCCUAAGCGCCCUCGACCAAACCAUCGUCGCCACCGCUAUCGUCCGCAUCUCCACCGACUUUGACGCUUUCGGCCAAGCCCCCUGGAUCUCCACCGCCUACAUGCUGACCACCACCGCCUUCGCCCCCGCAUACGGCAAAAUGGCUGACAUUUUCGGCCGCAAACCUAUGUUCCUGUUCGCCGUCGCCGUCUUCGAGAUUGGAAGUCUGUGGUGCGGUGUCGCUCAAGGCAUGGCUUUCCUCAUCAUCGGGCGCGCCAUCGCGGGCGUCGGUGCCGCGGGAGUCGUCUCCAUGAUCCUCAUCAUCGUCGCCGACAUUGUCAGCUUCCGCGACCGGGGGAAGUACCAGGGCAUCUUUGGCGCCGUCUUCGGAAUCGCGUCCGUGAUCGGCCCUCUCCUUGGCGGAGUCUUCGCGGACGGCUCCGGCGUCCUCUCCUGGCGCUGGUGCUUCUUCAUCAACCUCCCCAUCGGUGUCGUCACCCUCGUCGUCAUCUUCUUCGUCCUGCACAUCCCCAGCCCCACCGGCGCCUUCCUCGCCAAAUGCAAACGUGUCGACUGGUUCGGCAUCACCUCCCUCGUGACCGGUAUCAUCCUCCUCCUCCUCCCCGUGCAGAUGGGUGGCGAGGAAUGGGAAUGGAGCUCCGCUCCCGUCAUCAUCACCUUCAUCCUCGCCUUCCUCGUCCUCGGCGCGUUCGUAUACUCACAGUUCAAAUUCGCAAAGGAACCCAUCAUCCCCCCCGCGGUGUUCGAGAACCGCAGCGUCCCCGCCAUCGUCCUACUCGCAUUCUGCCUCGGCUCCGCAAUGUUCUCGCUCAUCUUCUACCUGUCCAUCUACUUCCAGGUCGUUGACGGCGACACGGCAACCCAAGCGGGACUCAAAACCAUCCCGCUUAUCCUUUCCCUCUCCCUCAUGUCCCUCGUCGGCGGCCAACUGAUGUCGCGGUUGGGAGUCUACGUACCCUUCUUCUACAUCGGCGGCGUCAUCCUCACCGUCGGAUGCGCGAUGAUAUCCACCCUUAACGCAAACUCCAAUAACGGGCAACGCAUCGGGUACCUUAUCAUCGCGGGCACGGGUGUCGGCGCUAUGAUCCAGGGUCGGAUCAUCGGGAUCCAGGCCUCGGUUCAACCUCAACGGAUCGCCAUCGCCACCGCACUGGUCAACUUUGCGCAAACCCUCGGCGGCGCCCUUGGACUCGGUAUCGUCGCGGCAGUGUACAACAACGUCGUGCAGAGCAAACUGGCCACCUAUGCGCCGGGAGUACCGUACAAGGAAGUGCAGAAAAACGUGCAGCGGAUCGGGGAGGUGUACCCCGCGGAUGUGGCGGCGAAUAUCAAGCAGGCGUUGACGGAGAGCUUGAGUGUGGCGUUUGCGGUUAGCGCCGGGUUUGCGGGCUUGAUUGUGGUAUUUGCGGUGUUUAUCAAGCAGUAUCGGAGGCCGCCGGGGGCUAAGGCUGCCCCGGCUGCUUUUGCUGAGUGAGGCGGGCGAAGCGGGGAUAGCAUCGGGGAUCAACAACUUCGACGCUGCACAAUUGCCGCACUUACUUGCCGGCAACCUGUACAUACCGCGACGGGAGACAUGUCACCACCCACAAGGUGCCUCGACUCGCCCCUCCAUAACUGCGCCCGAUGUGC